UGAACCACUGAAGAAACACUCGGGAUCAAGAAUGAAGCUUUCCGUUGGUACCAUCCUCAUCACUGUUGCACUUUUGUCUGAGUGCUACUUCAGAACUGCUGCCAUCCCCAUGACCAAAGCUGAAGACACAGAGCCAGAUCUGCAAGGCUUGAGCGAGAGCUUGGAGGAGAACUCUCUGAGAUCCGCAUCAGGCAACUCCAGAAUCAUCAUGGUGGCCGACUCCAAUCUGCUGAGGACCCUAACAUCUCUGAACAGAGGACUCCCUCAUCUCAGUCUCCCCGAGAGCCUUGUCAGCACAGAGCGCAGAGAUGUCGGAACAGACCUGAGCCCGAGCAUCACCAUCAUCAAAAGGGACACCAUGAGGUGCAUGGUGGGAAGAGUGUAUCGGCCAUGCUGGGAGGUGUAG